ACGAUUAGGGAAGAACAUACCUCUCUGAACAUGGGACCCACCGUCAGGUUAUGUUGCAGAAACGCGUCGUAAUCCUACCGCCUGGGAUGAUUAGUGUUCAGAUCCUACGGCUAAAGAUGAAUCUUAAGACUGUUCUUCCCAUGUAAUUUAAUUAUGGUAUUCGAUAUUAGUAGAAUGACUUAGUGUUAAAUUAAUUAAUGGAAAAUGUUGAUUAGUAAUAAUGAUUAAUCAGAUGCCUAUCUUCAUUUUCGAACCUCCGAAUUAAAAGUCCUAUGUAGGAUGCGGAUGUAACGUUUGGGCGAUGAUAAGAGCCGUUGUUGUGGACCUGUGGUUACUCCGAUUUUUCAAACAAUGGUGGAUGUAACUUUCAUAAUUAACCUCAUCAAAUGAACAAACACUUGUUUAUACGUCUUCAGCAACUAUCACGAGUUUACCUUGCUGCGAGACCGGCUAGUUGACUCUUGACUGUAGACCCAAGGGCAUAAACCUCACCAGCACGACUCGUGACGAACUCUAGCGCAGUUAACAUAUAAGACGCCUUUGGCAGUCAACAUCGAUCCACCAUGGUGAAUAACUACAAUCCAAACAUUAGUGCAAGUUUUUCCUUAGAAUCCAGAAAACAAAAAAUGCGAUACGUACGUGCAUCUAAAUGUAUUAGAUAGGACAUUUAUUCAUGUUGGUUGUUUCUAAUCAAUAAUCAAAUCGUGUUUGACUUCUAGUGACAAAUAGCACUACUAGUCUUCAAGUUGGAUUAGAGACCCACGAUUAUAUCUUCUUUCGAGAGUACCGACAUCAAGUUAAUGUGUAUUGGUGGUUGAAUGCUCAUUUUCAUGAGACCAAAACUUGUGGGAUUUUGAGAAAAAAAAUAAUGAAUGGAAAACAAUAAAAUAGUCGGUGUAGGUCACCCAUCAUGCCUCACUCCUUUGUCAGAAAUUUACUUAUCAUCAAUAGUUCAGCUUUUUAAAUAUAAUUAUGCUUGUUAGUAUUAUUAGCGAUUUAAGUAAGAUCCAGACCCAAUCUAGAUUCAGUAUGCUCAAUCCAAAUCUGAAAAGUGAAAACUAAUGUACAUGAUCCAAAGUAUACAUCGGUGUUGUUACAGCACUCUCAAUACGAUUGCGUUGAUAAGGUUUUGCAUUGAAAUUAAUUAAAAAAAUUAGAAGAGAGAAUGUGGUUUCAACCAAAUUAAUAAAAUUAGAAAAAUUAAAAUCAAUCAAUGCUGUUACUUUUAGAAAUAUCAUCGAACAUGGUUGGAACCGAUUGAAACAAUAAAAGCUGACGAAACUGACAAGUCUGGCUGGACUCAUGUUGCUGACUCGUGACUAAACAUAGUGAAGGCCCAAUACCGGUCUUUAGAAGAACUCAUAACUUUUACUUUCUGUUGGGCAUGAUGAAUCACAACUUAUAGGCCCAAGAGACUGAACAUAUGCUCUUAUCGUGAAAAUGGCACACAUCCGAACGUCUUACAAAAGGCGGUUAGAUGAAACAUAGUGGAAACAUAUUUUCGAAUGAAGAAACAUCUUACAUAUACGAUAACUUUUUCCUUUAAUUAAGUACCUUAAACUGACACUUUAAUCUAAACCAAGAUAAGAUAGGAGACAAUCAAUAAUGUUCAAGUGGAUAUUCUAAUAAAAUUGAGACUAUAUAUGAUAUGAUGACAUACUAUUUCUCUCAUUUGAUCAUCCGUGCGUGAACCCUAGUUAGACAAUUAUGAUAUAAACAUUACGUAAUGACCGAAAUUAACGAAUUUGGUCAUAUAUAAAAAUUAGAAGGCGAGAGACAUGAUUAACCUUAGAAAAAAUACUUAUAAUACAAACAUUACGUACGAUUUUUUUGUCAGAUAUAAAAUUACAAGGCAAGAGACAUGAUUAAUUAACUGUGGUGAAGAGGGUUAAUUAUGUUCACGAAGACAGAUGUAUGGAUGCUUGGGCUUGAAGACUUUGAAGUUUUGACUAAUAUUUUUUUUUAUAUAAAUAACUAAACUAUACAUUUUCUUUAAAAGUUAAGAGAAAAUAUAUCUCUAAUAACAAGUGCACACGCUUGGGAAGUAAAAACCAAAAAGAGUCAAACCUAAAAGAGAGACAAAACGGGUAUAAACCGAGGAAACUUCGCUUUUUGGAAUUUCAUUGGAUUUGACGCAUAUAGCCUACCUAUGAAUUUUUUUCCUACCUAUGAAUUUAGACUUGUGCCUAUAGUGCGAUCUGGUUUUGGAGGUACCAAAAAUUAAACUCAGGUGAAGCAGGACCAUCGAGAUACAUUCUAUUUUCCAGUUUUUCACAAGUAAUAUUUGUAUCUUUUGUCUUGUUGAUGCCGUAGUUUGUUGAGGUCAAAACGCAUUGUUGGAACUCCUAAACGUAUUUUUUUAUGCGCGUAAGAUAUGUUUAUCAAUCUAGUAUCCGUUUUCAAACUUUGAAUGUAAACACUCCAGUAUGAGACACUUCACAAAAUGCAUCUGACGUUCCAAAUUAAUUGUGAUGAGCUUAGUCAGUAACAUGUUUGAAUAAUCGGAUCACUUCUUGAAAAGUAUUCAUACAAAGUUAAAUGAUUUAAGAAAAGGUACCUAUAAAGUUCGACAAAUAAAACUAAAGACUUGAAUGUACUAGUUUAAUGGAAAAGUCUGUAAGCAGUAUGUAUAACAAUACGAAAAUCCAAUAUUUAACUUCAUAUGGAUCGACUAUGUAGUUAUUUCAUCUAUGGUUGCGAAAAAACCUAUAUAUGUUUCAUUAGUGAAAAAUACAUCUAGUAGGGACUUAAGUUACAAAAAAAAAAAUACAACUAGUAGGGACAGAACAGAAAAUAUCAUAUCUACGUUAUAUCUCCAUAAAUCAAACUCAUUCUCAUUCGUGAAGUCUUCGUUUAGUAUUUUCUCCCUUCUGUUAGUAAUCACCACUUUACUGGUAGACUGGUAGUGAUAUUAAUUAUAAAUAUGUGCCAUUCUAGGUAAUCAACAUCAGUUUCAUAUAAAUUCUAUUUGCCUUGUCAACUAGCAGCUAAUAAAUUAUAUGACCAGACUUCCGGAAACCGAUAAAUUACUACUCCAUUUGACGGUGUAGUAAAAAAAAUAAUUGACGGUACUUGUACAUACACAAGAAUGAUUAAAUAAAUUAAGAUUUGAAUUUUACCAAAAGCAAGAAAAGGUUGAGAAAUUCUAUACUUUGGUAUUCGGUAUUUCAAAAACCAACAAGAAAUUCGAGUAAAUUUGACUUUUGUUAUAUAAAUGCUACACACAUUUAGUUAAUGUUACCGGUUUAAUUAACCGCGUACCCGGUAAUAUUAUAACAUAUUUUGCAUUUACUAUAGUACUUCAGAACUAAGAUUUAUUACUCCUAUAGUCCUUUACGAUUUUAGUUUCCACUUCGAACUUUGGAGAUGCUUAUCGUUUCUUGAAGACACGUUUAUAUGGAGGCAGCACCUCAGCAUACGUAUAAAUAUACAUAAUUAAGGAUUGCGCGUGUGUUUACUUUAACCACAUAAAUUUUAAACCCAAACUGAAUUCACUUCUUGAAGCAAUUUUAAUUUACUAAAAGGAUUGCUACGUGCAGAAAACUAUAAAAAAAGGAGGUGAUUGUGUAGUUUUUAGGUAGUUAAUUUGGUCAAAUGAGUGGAUGUAGAGGAUUAGUUACACCUUACUGCCGAUAUUAGUAGAUGUAAGCCUUGGGAUUAGUGUAAACUGGCUUAAUAAAAUCUAGUUCAAGAAAAAAAUCGGAUGUCGUAAAAUUAUUCAUUCAGUUUUGUGAAACGUCUUCGAGAUAUAUAAAAUUAGAAAUAAUACAAAUUUUAAUUUCAACUACAUUUUUUUAUAAACCCUAUCAUCUAUCCGAUCGGCACACCGCAUGCAAUUAGAAAUAGAGAGUGGACUAACUUCAUAUUCUUAUACAAUGUUAUUCUUAUUUUGUUUGUGAAAUUGUAGUCUCGUAUAGAUAUCAGUAGGGACAUAAAAGUACAAUGUUUUUACUCUUUUGGAAAGAAUUCAUUUUGCCCAUCAUAUCACAACAUUUCAUUGAUUUCAAUCAAAAGUGCACAAUAUCUUAUAUGGUUAAAGGCUGAGUAAAUCAUAUAUAUAAAUAGAUUAAGUGUUAUUCUUUGCGCUUCAUCAAAGUCUCCGUCAACUAGAAGCUAUUGGAGUAAGCCGAUAAGUAUACACAUAUGUCGGAGCUACCCAUAUUACAGGAUGGCAUAGUUGUUUUUUUUUUUGCUAAACUCAGGAUGACAGGAUGACACACGGUUGAAGUUUAGAUUCAGUGAAAACUUUACCUCAAAGACAACUUGCUUAUGAAAAGGUAUGUCAAACAUUAUAAUCAAAAGAAUAACACUUAACUUACAGGUCAAUGAAUAAACCAAUGUAUUUGAUUUAUUCUUCUGAAUAACUCCAAUGUGAGAGCAUUCUUAAUUUGAUAAUCCUUUAUAUAUAUAUAUAUUUAGCUGAAUAUAUGUAUAGUUGCAAACGGGAUGGUACUCUGCGUCCAGCUAAUUACUACUGUGAACAUAGAAAUAUCAUAUAAUAUCUUAAUAUAUGCAAGUAUUUUUUUUGACUGAAUAAUAUAUGCAAAUAUUGCGAUAAUGAACUUUGUGAAGUUAGAUUCCUGAAUAAAAAUAGACGUAAAAGUCGAACCCUUCAAUUAAUUUCAUAAAGUCUUUCCACAAGAGGAUUUGAGUCAAAACAUAAGAGUUGUCGGUUGGACAAAAUCCUAAACGCAGAAUCUUUCAACAUUUAGUCAAAUCGAACGAAAGGGUGAAGCUGUAAAUUAAAGUAAUGUCAUUGAUCCCAUUGGCCACUUAAGCCCAUUAAGCUAUCUUUUUAAGUUUAACUAAAAGCUUGUAUUUGUAAUCUUCUGACACUGGUCAGUGGGAAUAGAAACUGUGAUCUGGAAUGGAAUAGAAACUGUGAAGAUUUUUUUUUAAAAUUCGUAGUUUAGUCUUAAUUAGAAACCUGAAGGCAGUUGAUUAGUAGUAAUAUUUUUAUGAGUACGAUUGAAUUUAAUUUCGAAUCUUUUUGUAGUGGCAGCUGGCCUCGAUCGGCCCUUGUUUCCUUUUAUUAAUUAAAAGACUUCAAACCGAAGCGACAAUAUUAAAGCGGUUCUUAAUUGGUCUUUAAUAAUUUCUCAUCUUCAUUCAUAACUAGUAGUCCAGUACUGAUAAAUUACAUACAUUCAAACACACACAAGUUUAAAUACGGGCUGACGAAAAUUUCAUGAACUUCAUGACGUCGUGGUCCAUGUGUGUCUACGUUACAUGUACGCGUGUGUAUAUGCGUACAUGAGAUGCUGAUUAUUCUUGAAGUAAUGACAAUGGUUCAUUUGUACGUAUAGAUAUAUACGUUUGUACGUAAUAAUAUGUAAGAAAUACAGAUUGUAUACUUUUUUAAUUUAUUUUUCUUGCGCUUGCUCGUGUUUAUAACCUUUUCCCUCAGCUCCUUUUUAAAAAUAUUGUCUUGAAGUAAAACCAAAGAAGUAUUCAAACAAACUUUCUUGGGAGAUUAAUUCAAAAAGAAAAAAUGGAAUUAAAAAACUCAGCUGAAAUGGCGGCUGAUCCUUCGGGUUCAGACCCCUCGCAAGGAAGCAUAAAUUGAUUUCAACUUUAGCUAAACCACUUCACUUCCACUUCUCUACCAGAGUCAAUAUUUUUCCAGUUAGGGUUUCUUUCUUUAACUCCUUUAGUUUAUAGGGUUUUAAGGAAAAAUGGAAGAGAGAAACAACGAUGGUGAUCAUAAAAUGGAGGAAGUAUUGUUGCCCGGGUUUAGGUUUCAUCCAACCGACGAAGAGCUUGUAAGCUUCUACCUGAAGCGGAAGAUUCAACACAAUCCUCUCUCCAUUGAACUCAUACGACAACUCGAUAUCUACAAAUACGACCCCUGGGAUCUUCCAAAGUUUGCGACGGGUGAAAAGGAAUGGUACUUUUAUUGUCCGAGGGACAGGAAGUAUAGGAACAGUUCGAGGCCGAACCGAGUGACUGGAGCCGGUUUCUGGAAAGCCACGGGAACGGACAGGCCUAUAUACUCGUCGGAAGGAAACAAAUGCAUAGGUUUAAAGAAGUCACUAGUGUUCUACAAAGGAAGAGCUGCAAAAGGAGUUAAGACUGAUUGGAUGAUGCAUGAGUUUCGUAUGCCUUCGCUCUCGGAGCCAUCUCCUUCUUCUAAGAGGUUCUUUGAUUCGCCUGUCUCUCCAAACGAUUCGUGGGCUAUAUGCAGAAUCUUCAAAAAGACAAACACAACGACCCUAAGAGCUAUGCCUCACUCAUUUGUUUCCUCGUUGCCAUCAGAGACAAGCAUAGACACAAUGUCGUUAUCAAACACAUCACACUUUUCUUCGGAGAAGAUCCUCAAAACUAGCUCUCACUUCCAGGUUCAUCAUGAGAAUAUGAGCAGUACUACCAAACCUAGUAGUAGUCCAACUUCUCAUGUGGCCACUAUAAAUCCAUUCUCUUACUUGGAUUUCACUUCCUACGAGAAAACCACCAACGUUUUCAAUCCGGUUUCAUCUUUAGACCAGCAAUACCUCACUAAUCUCUUUCUUGCCACACAAGAAACACAACCUCAGUUUCCAAGGCUCGCCUCAUCUAAUGAAUUCCCCUCAUUUCUCCUAAACACGUCAUCGUCAGAUUCUGCCUUCUUAGGAGAAUGCACAAGCCAAAUCGACCUAAGCGUUAUGUUGGCUCAAGAGCAGUGUCCAGCGCUUGUAAGCCUACCACAAGAGUAUCAAGAGAAAGGAAAUGGGGAAAUAAAGAGCAUGGGUGGUUGCAAUGAAGAUCAUCAUAAUCACUGUGGCACACUAAUGUUUGGUGAUACUGGUCCAACCGUUGAAGAGAACCAUCGUCAUCAUUAUCAAGACAUGAAACAUAACAUGACAUUGUUGGAGAGUUAUUAUUCCUCUUUGUCGUCAAGUAAUGGCGAUUUGCCAGUUUGUUUCUCCACAACUUGAUUGAUGUGGGUAAAUUUCCUGUUUUUGCCUUGUGGCCUUCUUGCCUUGGCUUUCCCUUUGUAGGUUUUCUCUUUGACUAGCUGAUGCAAUGAAAUUAAACCAUUAUUAAUUAUGCUUCGUUGAGUGUUUUAUUUCACACAAUUUAGUGUAAGAUUGACUCGAGUGGAGGAUAUAAACAAAAAAAUUAAAUUAAACGAAAGAAAACCUUUAACAGAUUUACGAAGCCCAAAAACAAAUCUUUUCUAGAGCUGAGAAGUAAGAAUGACCACAAUAAAAUACAGAAUUGUUACUGAAAUAUUGCAACAAAAUUGGAAUUCAAAAUGACACUAAGUGUAUACAAAAAUGGUUCGGCAAUUCAGAAGAAACGUUGGGGCGUAAUUUUCAUGAACUAUUUACUUUUGGUAAUAUAUUCAAAUUUUAUCAAAAAAUAAUAAUUUUUCAUGAACUGCUGAACGAAUGGCCGUCCAUGAACUUGAGCCUGAUCCAAUAGAACUUUCACGACCAUGUCCAAAGUUGCAGUCAAAUAUAAAGGCAUUGCUGGCCUUACUUCAAAGCUUUUUCCGGUGCUAUGGAAAGUAAACAUAAUCCUGUACCAGUUGCCCAAAACUAAGUGGAAACAGCUAAAGAUCACUCCGUUAGGAAGUGAUAUCUAGCAGAUUCUGGUUAUGCCCGGUUUAUCAUCAUACUGUGUGAUGUUCGAGUUCGAUAUAAUACUUCAGCGAUGGCACUACGUAUGUAAUAAAACUAAAUUGUAAAAGACACUCCGGACAGCCGGACAAGUAAAAAUAUGUGUAAUUCAUAAUGUCAGAGACGAGACAGUGAAAAAGAUGUAUCCUUUCAAGGCCAAAAUAAAAAAAA